GUGGUAUCGUCGCCAUACAAAUUCGACAUGGCGGGAGCCGCUGGCCCAUAACCAUCCUCAGCCCACGCCGCCAUGAAAUGGCCACCAUGGUCUUCCAAAUCCCAAGACGAUCGCGAUGAUAGUGAGCGUUCUGUUUCUUGGACCAACUCCCUCAAUGUUACAGAUUGGUCGCACUACACCGAUCCGCGGACAAUCGUCCCUACGAUUCUGCUAACGGGGACGACUCUCUUCUUUGUCCGUAUCUAUCGAUCGUAUCUGCGUCGCAUUCCAGCAGCCUCAAGCAUUCAUCCAGAUUUCUUUCGUCGACGAAGUCUAUUUGGGCAGGUCACAAGUGUCGGCGAUGGCGAUAAUUUCCGUCUCUUCCAUACACCUGGAGGACGGCUUGCGGGAUGGGGUUGGAUGCCCGGUCGGCGAGUGCCCGUGAAGAAGGAAGAAUUGAAAGGAAAGACGAUCCACAUUCGGCUGGCCGGUGUGGACGCCCCCGAGCUUUCGCAUUUUGGCAAGCCAGCUCAGCCUUUUUCCAAGCAAGCUUUAGACUGGCUCACAUCGUACAUAUCGAACCGCCGCGUGCGAGCCUAUAUCUACAAGCGCGACCAAUAUGACCGUGUUGUUUCUACAGUUUAUGUACGACGAUGGCUCUUACGCAGAGAUGUCGGCUUGGAGAUGCUAAAGAGAGGGCUUGCUACUGUAUAUGAGGCAAAAAGUGGAGCAGAGUUUGGGAAGCUCGAAGCUAAAUAUCGCAACGCAGAAUGGUGGGCGAAGAAAAGGAGGAAGGGCAUGUGGUCGGCCAAAAAGGCAGAUUUUGAGAGCCCACGAGAAUUCAAGACCAGAAUGUCCAUGCUGGAGGAUGUAAAAGAUCCUAAGUCUUGACAUCCACUCCUUUUGCUUGUUCCGUCAAGGCUUCUCGGUAGUAAUUGAGUUAUGCAUCGUUUUACAAUUGGGCGAACCAGCGAUGCAAUGUUGAUGCGAGCAUGAUAUAUAUACAUUUACAUAUGUGACGGCAAACAAGACAAAUGAUUCUACACUUAUAAUGGAUC